CAAACAACACAUUUGCAUUACUAAUCUGAAAAAAAUAUGCAACGCUUCCUCAUUUUGUCUCUUUCUUUUCUUUGUUCCUCUAAAUUGUCCCAAAUGUUAACGUUAAAUUAUCUGGUUUGCUGAAUACACUCAAUAAAAUAUGGAUAUGGAUAAAAUAAACUGGAUCGGUUAUCUAUAAGAUUUGGAACAGCAGAACCAACAUCAACAGUUCAGGAGAAGACCAACAUGGCGAUAAGGCAGUUUUAGCAGCAGAAAGGGCAAGCGAUAAGGGACAAGAAACAGAAGUCGGGCGGGAAAAACACUAUAUUUUACACAUUUCCUCGAAGAUUGGAAACCAGAAGAUCCUGUUUCAAUGUCCUUGAAUAAUACUACAAAUUGUUUCAUUAAGAAUGAUCUUGAUAAUUUUUUAUUCCCUUUAGUGUAUAUCAUUGUCAUUAUGAUAAGCAUUCCAACAAACUCGUUAUCACUAUAUGUGUCCUACAAACAUAUGAAAAGGGGAAAUGAGCUUGGCAUCUACCUCUUCAACUUAUCAGUGGCAGAUCUGCUUUACACGCUGACUUUGCCAUUAUGGGUGGAUUACUCUAUGCAUCAUGACAACUGGACACAUGGGCCUCAUCUAUGUAAGUUGUGCAGCUUUCUGAUGUACACAAACUUUUAUACUAGUGCAGCCUUCCUGUGCUGCAUAUCAAUAGACAGAUACUUGGCGGUUGUUUAUCCGUUAAGAUUCUAUGUUUUGAGAAAAGUAAGAACUGCAGUUUACGUCAGUGGACUAAUCUGGGCUAUUGAAUUGUCAAGUAAUAUUAUUAUAUUGUGGAGUGAAGAGACUCACAAUGACAACUUGAGCCAUGUGCUCUGCUACGACAAAUAUCCUUUGGAAGAAUGGAAAGCUAAGCUUAAUUAUUGGCGGUUCUUUAUAGGCUUCCUGCUGCCAGCAGUGCUAAUGAUAUUUUGCUGUCAAAGGAUUUACAAAGCUAUCAAAAGUAAUAUAGCCACCCAAGAUCAUGAUAAGAUAAAAAUUAAAAAGUUGCUCUUAAGCAUCGUGGUAGCUUUUUUAAUUUGCUUCUCUCCUUACCAUGUUGUUAUGCUGAUUAGGAGCAUAAUCGAACCACACAUGUGCGAAGUUGCCAAGAGACUGUUUGUGCCCUACAAAAUAACCUUGGCUCUAUCAAGUUUCAACUGCAUUGCCGACCCCUUUCUCUAUUCCUUUGUAAGUGAAGGUGCCAGAACAGACAUGCUCACUGCUGUCUUGGUUUUCAAGAAAAAGUCUAGUGGACUGAAUGACAUAAAUGCAGAAUCAGUUGAAAAAGAAGGAUAAUUUGUUUACACGCCUUCUGUAAAGGAUGUUGUAAGAUGUGUUUUUAUUAUUAUUAUAUAUUGUGAAAUAUACCAGUUUUUUUUCUAUAACCUAAAAGAUUUUUUUUUUGGAAAAAAUACUAGUGGUUUACCAAAAUAAUACCAGUGUAUUGCCCUGAAGAACCUCGGAAAGCCAUUAGUAGACUGCAUAAUUUCCAGCAAUGGCAGCACAAUGGAUAUGGAACCAAUGUUUCACAGUUUCCACAGCUGGUUCAUACCAUUGUGAUGCCAUUGGUGUGUGAAUAUAUUAAAAUGUAACAAAUGUGAUUCCUUUUCACCAGUUACUCACACCAUUGUAGCAGCCAUUGUACUGUUGUUGCCUUUCAGGAUAAAACCAUUGCACUGCCAUUGUAGUCCUGCACUGUCAUUGAAAAUAAUUGCUAAUAUAAUGAUAACACCACCAUGGCUAUAGCAGUGAUAUUAGUUUGAAUUGAAUUCCUGCCUUAUUUUUUUGUAUAUAUUGUUACACUGUCUAGUUGAACAUCUCACAUUUUGUUAAAAAAUAUUACAUGUACAUUGUGUUGAGCACUGUAAUGCAAAACUGAUGUGGGCAAUUGACUUUGCCUGUAUUAAAAAUAAAUCAUAUUUUCCGUA